AUGGCUGUUGAAGUCGUACCUCUCACCGAGGCAGAUAUUCCCGGUGCUAUUGAAGUAAUUCAGCAUGCAUUUGCAGACGAUCCUUAUUUCAAGUGGGUCUUUGAUUCAUCCAAGUUCAACAAGAAAAGAAACCACGAUUCCCUCGCAGCACGGUGUCAUUGGGGAAUCAAGAACGCACUAUUCCACGUCGCAAAAGAAGCUCAAUGUGCCGACUCCAAAUCCGACAGCCCCCCAACUUCAAAUCCAAUCCUCGGCGUGUCAUGCUGGCUAGCGCCCCACCCGCCCACGGAACCAGAGAGCUGGUACUCCUGGUUCCAAUCAUGGACCCUAUCAUUCAGCCAGUUGCUCAACAACAUUCGCUACUUUGGCCGCGGCGGGCUCCGCACGAACAGGUACUGGAUCUGGAAAGAGCGGCAGGCCGAGGCGCAGGCUGCUAUCUGGGAUGAUCCGCGCGGUUACUAUUUCUGUAACAUUGUUGCCGUUAGCCCCAAGGCGCAGGGUAUGGGCAUUGGAAAGUUGUUGUUUGAGGCUGUUACAAAAAGGGCGGAUGCUGAGGGGGUCAAGUGCUAUCUCGAGAGCUCAAAGAGCGUGCCCAAUGUGGCCAUCUAUGAGCGUAUGGGCUUUCACAUGAGUAAGGAGAUGGAGUGUCGGGAUGGAGUGGAUGCGUGCAUGUUGUACUGCAUGGUCCGGGAUCCGAGGGCAGAGUGA